AUGGCAACGAGAUUGAGCGCCCUCACACAUACACGUAACGAACGUCGAUACACCCUGCCCCUCGUCCUGUCAAUCAAACACGACCCCGAAGACAUAAAUCAGCGCUCGCGUGAGCCACGCUACGCUGAUCAGAUGCGGCUGUACCGUUCACAUCCCGUUGACAUAAUUGAACCAGCGCUAGGGAAGACCAGGUCAAGAGGACUGUCCUGCCCUGGACCAGAAUUCGUUUACGGAGCCGUCACGGCGGUCAGAGAUGGAGGCGUUUCGGAGGCCAUCUCCAGUUGGCACACGCAGUCUCUGCCUGCCAGUCGACACGGUGCCCAACGCAGAGAGCUCGAGAGGGACUUUGUGGCUCUGAACCGUGAAAGCAUGAAGUCAGGGCUGGUGACGGCCAAGGAGCUGCGACAGUACCGCGCCACGCACGAUGUCCGUCGCCGUGCCAACGCCACACGCAGGCCCACCCCCGCCCGCAUCCCACCCGACGCGACCUUCGGCGUCUCCACGCGGCCUUCCACUCCCAUCUCAGAGCUGAUAGAACACAAAUACGCCCAGCGCUGGCUGGAGGAACAACAGGCAAAAGACAGAGUGCUGAUAGCACACCAGAAAAAGGCCCGUCUGGGACGCGUCCAGGACACGAGAACAACCCUCCUGCGCAAGACCCAACCUUUACCUGAGGCGCCGUCACUAUGGAAACUUCCCCGCUUCCAACAGGUGGGACCAGCGCUGGACACAUUCCGUAAUCCGGAGGCCCGGAAGAAGGCUAUGAACGCACGCUACUCUGACUCCGUGGCCCGACAAGACGUUUCAAGCCCGGGUGUCAGAAAUGCGGACUGA